AUGCUUAUUUCAUCCGAUUCAUCAAAAUCCGAGUACGCAUCUUCCCUUUCGGGAUCCGAAGAUGAUUUCGGUGAUGUUUUAUUUUUUCUUUUUGAUGAUGAGGACGACGCAGAGAUUCUUAACUCUACAUUAGAAGCAUUUAUUUCGACUUCUGUAUCAUUGAUACUAUUAGAGAUUGGACCCGGGUUAGGUACCCGCGGGUGGGUCGGAUAUCUGGAUUGCGGUCGUAGCUACUCGGUGGAUGUGGCGAAAAAAAAGUGA